CUCUAGAUUCUUCUCCUGGAAGCGGGUCCCGAAGAACCGAAUGUAACUAGCGUUCCAGCGCUUUCACCGGUUCUGACAUCUUCCAGUAUCGAUUGGGGCUACAAUACGCAACCAGAUGAGCUUUCAUGUCGGGGGCUGAAGGGACACACAUGCCAUUGGACUAGAGGGAAAACCAUGGGCGGCUCUAGUGCGGUAAACUACAUGGUGUACAUGAGAGGGAACAAAGCUGACUACGACGGAUGGGCCGCCGCAGGCAACCCCGGCUGGAGCUAUCGAGAGGUGUUGCCGUAUUUCAAGAAAGCAGAGAACAAUAGAAAUCUUGAAGCAUACGACAAAAAGUAUCAUUCUGAAGGCGGACCCCUGAAUGUAGAACGGUUUCCAUAUAUAGACAAUAACGUUUUAAUGUUAGUCCAAGCAUUUAAAGAAAGAGGUCUACCGGUCACAGAUUUCAAUGGAGAAAACCAACUUGGAAUAGAUAUAGCACAGUCCACUUCACUGCAUGGACAAAGAUUGUCCGUGAAUGCAGCCUAUAUCAGGCCAAUACGCCAUAUUAGGUCUAAUUUAAAAAUAGUUACAAAAGCGUAUGUAACUAAAAUUAUUAUAAAUCCGGUUACUAAAACUGCUGUUGGAGUAGAGUACAUCAAAGAUGGAGUGGUGUUUACUGCAAAUGCUUCUAAAGAAGUUAUAUCAAGUGCAGGUGCGAUAAAUUCUCCAAAGUUACUGAUGCUAUCUGGUGUAGGACCCAUAGAGCAUUUAGCAAAACAUAAUAUAACAGUUUUAUCAAAUCUCUCAGUUGGCCGUAACCUACAAGACCAUGUCACGACUAACGCAUUGCUUAUUGCGCUUACCAACAACACUGCGGUUGAUGGCCGGCAGUUACUGAAUAACAUUCAUGAUUAUUAUAAUCAACCACCUCACAAGAAUGGUUCUUUGGCUUCUACAAGUACUAUAAACGCAGUUGCCUUUAUUAAGACAAAUUUAUCGGAACAAGAUUUACCUGAUAUUCAGUUCCACUUUGAUGGGAGAAAUAUCGAAGAAUUUUAUGCUGAUCCUCCGUCAUCUACAGCAAGUAAUAUAUUUCCUUUGGCGUAUUAUACUGGCUUGUCAGUGAAACCUUUGUUACUGAUUCCUAAAAGUAGAGGGUACAUAAUGCUUAAUCACACUGACCCGGUUUAUGGUUCUCCGCUAAUAUAUCCUAGAUUCUUUACCGAACGAGAAGACUUAGAAGUUUUAAUAUCUGGAAUAAAAUACGCUACCACUCUAGAGGAUACCCCAGCGUUUAGAGAAAAUGGUGCUUAUUUUGUAAAGGUACCUAUAUCAGGAUGUGAAAAAUUUAAUUGGGGUACUAAUGAAUAUUUCUCUUGCUUAUUGACACACUAUACGACUACUAUAUUACACCCGGCUGGCACUUGUAAAAUGGGCCCAAGCACGGAUACCGAGUCUGUAGUUGACGCAAGGCUAAGAGUGUAUGGCAUUAAUAAGUUAAGGGUGGUAGAUUGUUCAAUAAUGCCGCAGAUUAUUAGAGGAAACUUAAAUGCCCCUGCGAUUAUGAUCGCUGAAAAGGGCGCUGACUUAAUCAAGGAGGAAUAUUGUUAAAAAUAAAUAAUGU